ACCCCACAUACCUGGGGAGAAAAAGCCUAUGGGCCAGUCUCUUAUCUGCCUGUGGAAGGAAGAAGAGCAGUGGCGGUCCAAGUGCUGCUGCUCAGGAAAAGAUGAAGCUCCUGUUCCUGUUGAUAGAGAUGUGGAUGAUUCUUGAGGUCAUAGUGAAAAAUACAGAAGCAGAAGAACAAGAAAAAAACCAGAAAGAAAAAAAUGUUACCAAACAGUUAUCAGUAAAGGACAGGAAGCUUUUAUCACAAGUACUGGAAAGGAAAAAACAAUUAAAAUCAGUUACAUCCAAAGAAAAUGGCUUAGUAAAUAGAAAAACCCAAAGGAGAAGAAAGAGAAAAAGAACUCAAAACCCAUAUAUGUUAAGAAGAAAUGUUAGCAGUUUAAGAAGACAAGCAAAGAAAAACCAAACUGAGGAAGGAAAUCACCUUUUUGAAUUGGGCACCAAAAUGUUAAACCAAUCUAAAAGCCAGAAACAAAAACAAGAAGCCUACCUACUCUUUGCCAAAGCAGCUGAUAAAGGAAACUUGAACGCUAUGGAGAAGAUGGCUGAUGCUAUGCUUUUUGGUGAUCUUCAUACUCAAAACAUUUCAGCAGCUAUAAACCUGUAUGAGUCUUUGGCAAAAGAAGGAUCCCAUACAGCCCAAAAUGCAUUAGGAUUUCUAUCUUCUUAUGGAAUAGGAAUGGAAUAUAAUCAAGCUAAGGCACUGGUAUAUUAUACUUUUGGAAGUGCUGGAGGAAGCAUGAUGUCCCAAAUGAUUCUGGGGUAUAGGUAUUUGUCUGGAAUAAAUGUUCUACAGAAUUGUGAAGUUGCACUUGUCCAUUACAAGAAUGUGGCAAAUUAUAUUGCUGAUAAAUUGGAAAAAAAUGAAGGUGUCCCUGUGGAAAAAGUGAGACUAACAGAAAGACUUGAAAAUCUGAGUUCUAACAGUGAGAUUUUGGAUUGGGAUGUAUACCAAUACUAUAAAUUUUUGGCAGAAAGAGGAGAUAUUCAGAUACAAGUAUCUCUUGGACAGUUACAUCUAAUAGGACGGAAAGGACUAGAACAGGAUUACUAUAAAGCAUUAUACUACUUCUUGAAGGCAGCCAAGGCAGGAAGUGCAAAUGCCAUGGCAUUUCUGGGAAAGAUGUAUUUAGAAGGCAAUCCUGCAGCUCCACAAAAUAAUGUCACUGCCUUUAAAUACUUUUCUAUGGCUGCUAAUAAGGGCAAUGCAAUUGGACUCCAUGGGCUUGGUCUUAUUUAUUUUCAUGGAAAAGGGGUUCCUGUGAAUUACGCUGAAGCUCUUAAAUUUUUUCAGAAAGCUGCAGAGAAAGGAUGGCCAAAUGCACAGUUUCAGUUAGGAUUCAUGUAUUACUCUGGCUCUGGAGUGUGGAAGGAUUAUAAACUUGCCUUCAAAUAUUUUUACUUGGCAUCUCAAAGUGGACAGCCUCUUGCCAUUUAUUAUUUGGCUGAAAUGUAUGCUACAGGAACUGGAGUGCUGAGAUCAUGCAGAACCGCAGUUGAGCUUUACAAGGGUGUUUGUGAACUGGGCUGCUGGGCUGAGAAAUUCCUGACAGCAUACUUUGCCUAUAAGGAUGGUGAUAUAAAUUCAUCCCUUGUUCAAUAUGCACUUCUGGCCGAAAUGGGGUAUGAAGUAGCUCAAAGCAAUUCAGCAUUCAUUUUGGAAUCUAAAAAGGCUACCAUUCUUGAGAAAGAAAAAAUGUAUCCCAUGGCACUUCUCCUGUGGCACCGAGCUGCGAUUCAAGGCAAUGCAUUUGCUAGAAUUAAAAUUGGAGAUUACCACUACUAUGGCUAUGGAACAAAGAAAGAUUAUCAAACAGCAGUGACUCAUUACAGCAUUGCAGUGGAUAAAUAUCACAAUGCCCAGGCCAUGUUCAAUCUGGCAUACAUGUAUGAGCAUGGCUUAGGGAUUUCGAAGGACAUUCAUUUGGCCAGGAGGUUAUAUGAUUUGGCUGCUGAAACAAGUCCAGAUGCCCACAUACCAGUUUUCUUGGCACUCCUGAAACUGGAAACAGUACAUUUGAUCAAAGAUAUUGUGUAUUUUAAGUUUAAUGUGAGAUGGAAAUGGCUGAAGUUGGACAAUACCCUUGGAUCCUACUGGGAUAUAUUUAUGAUUAUUGUCAUUAUUAUUAUGCUGCUAUUGUUGCUUAGAAACCGGCCAGCUUAAGGCAGCAAUCAAAUGAAAAACCUGCCAGUAGAGUUCAUUCAUUUCUGAGCUUAUUGUUUAGAACCCAACCAGUGAAAAACACCAAUCACAUAAGAGCCUGCUAAUUGAUUCCAAUCAUUACUGGGAAUCUUCUCCUAAUAAAAAAGAGCAAUUCCUCCACUUAAA